UAUCCGUAGAUCCACUGAACAUGUCUAGCUAGUUCCAUAGACCGUUAAAGAAAGGCUAGAUCUCUUAAUAGCCGGGUGUGAGGCCGAUCCAGCCAGGGGCACUGAAGUCAGAUGGGCUUGGCCGAACAGUAACGCAGUCAUUAGCUACUUGUUAGCCUACUUAACUGUAUAUCCACAAAUAAAUGCAGCUUUAUACAUUUCUCCAUCUGCGCUUCUGUUGAGGUCGCUUCUACGCUAUCUCCGUGUUCAGUAUGGCAGGCUAUGGAGAAGUGGACUGUUCAGUGAAUGCCCUGGCGCCCUCCAAGCUGAUAGAGGAAAUUGGAGAUACUUGUGCUACAGAGCCUUUCAAUCCCACCACCACUACCCCUGAGUGUGCCAUCUGCCUGCAGAGCUGCGUCCACCCUGUACGACUCCCAUGCCUCCAUGUCUUCUGUUUCCUGUGUGUGAAAGGUGCCUCCUGGCAGAGCAAACGCUGUGCUCUCUGCCGACAAGAAGUCCCAGAGGACUUCCUGGAGCGGCCGGUUCUCCUCUUGCCUGAAGAACUGAAAGCAGCAGCUGCAGGGGUGAGCCGGAGUGGAGGGACCCGUGGCGGUGCCCGUGGAGACUAUGCAUGGUACUAUGAGGGGCGCAACGGCUGGUGGCAGUAUGAUGAAAGGACCAGCCGUGAACUGGAGGAGGCCUUCACCAAGGGCAGGAAGAGCACAGAGAUGCUGAUUGCAGGGUUUCUUUAUGUGGCCGACAUGGAGAACAUGGUGCAAUAUCGCCGCAAUGAGCAUGGCCGAAGACGCAAGAUAAAGCGGGACAUUGUAGAUAUCCCCAAGAAGGGUGUCGCAGGACUGAGGUUAGACCCUGAACCUGCCCCCAUUCCGGCUGUACCGGUUGUCACCCCAGCUGCAACAGAACGUGUCAGCUCAGCUGAUGGAUCAGACACUGAUGGCCAUUCACAGUCUUCAUUCUUUGGGAUAAUGGCAUCUCUUCCCCCUGUUAGACCUCCAACACUCCUGGGACGCCAUCUUACAAUCCCCCGUCCUCCCUCCCCCUUAAGCGUGGAGGAGUCUUUUUCCCAGCUCCUAAUUAGCCAGCCGGAGGGUGAAGUGGUGGAAGGAGAAGAAGAGAUACAGACGUAUGAGUAUGCAUCCGGCAGCAGUGAGAGUGAGGAGGAAAGGCUGUGCGAGAGAGGGAGAGCAGAAUCAAUGCCACAGAGAAGACACAGGCUAAGAGAGAGCCAGCUGGCUAGGAUGCCUCCAAGGGGCGGGCCCUCCAGCUCUGCACUCAGUCGCCGCUCACAUAGUCCAGAUGGUCAGUGCACUGUGACAGAAGUGUGACUGCAACUGGACAGUGGGAUCUGUUCUCCAGACGACAGUGCUUGAACUUGUAUCAGGUCUGCAAAAAAGUUUGAAAACCAGUAUGCAUCUUUCAAGGUCCCAUUAAAUGAAAAAUACAUUUGUGUUAUUUGUAUCACUGGGUGAUUGCCCCAUCGGCGAUUUAUUUUUUAUAACAAAAUGGAUAUUUUUUUUCCCCCCAAUUGAAUGUAAUCUUAGUUUUGUGUGGGCUACGUAAACCGUUUCUGCAAACAGUUGGCUCACAGCUGUGUAGUUGGAUGUUAGUUUGCAAAAAAACACCAUCGACAGCUCACUCCACUGUAAAUAUAUAAUAUCUAACACAUGGGAUGAACUCAUGCAUGUUAAUGUCCUCCAUCCAACAUUGUGUUUCAUGCAGAAAUGCUGAAACAGUUACUAGGCCUGCACGAUUAAUCGUUAUACAAUUACAUUUUUAAAUAACUUUGAUUCUCAUUUAAUUUUACGAGCCGAAUGCAUCACAAACGCUACUACUUUCUUCUGAGCUUUAAACAGACUGUAGAAGCGCUGCAAUGCUCUCCCUUCUCUUUGUUGAAGCCUCUGUUUAAAGGUAUAUGGUGAUGCUCAAUGUGCUAUAGGUGCCAAUUUGUUUUGUCAUAUUUCAUGUGUGCAAUAAACAUUACACUUCGU